AUGGGAUGGCAAACGAAAUACGUUCGAGAUAUCCAAUGGGAGUACGAAGGACGACAACUGCCGGCUACAGGAGGGAUUGACGCCUUCCAAGCUCGUUUUCCUGGCCUCUAUGCCAUCUACACAGAAACUCCUGAACGCAGAAGGAUUAACGCCCUGUUCGUCAUUGUGCUGGUAACUCUAUUCUUGUCUUUCGUGCAUUUCUUCAUGUCAAUCGCUUUACUCUAUGGUGCUAUCAAGAUAUUAAACAUGUAA